GGCAAUCCCGAAACCCAGAAGAUCUGCUUAGGGGAAUCAUCUCUCAUUGAAGAAGAUUACAAAAAAAAAAAGGACCUGAAGGACUGGGCUGGAGGAGGUGGGGGUGGAGGAGGAGCAACCUAUGUCUUUAGACAGAAGGAUGGGAUUUUCGAACCUUUGCUCAUCGCAGCAGGAGGAGGAGGAAAAGCUUACCUGAAGGCUCAGGACAACUCCCUGGAUGAUGUACCCCUGGAGCAAUUUGAGAACAGCACCGCAGUGCCUGGAGUCAGUGGGAGGACUGGGGCAGCAGGUGGAGGUGGUGGCUGGCAAGAUGAAAGCCUGCUUCCUCAGGCUGGGAAGUCCCUUCUGGAAGGUGGGGAAGGUGGUCAAGCUUGUCCCCAAGCACUAGCCAAGCUCCAGUGGGCCACCUCUGGUGGCUUUGGUGGGGGAGGAGGUGCUUGUACUUCUGGUGGAGGAGGUGGAGGCUACAGAGGGGGACAUGCCUCUGACAAUGAUGAUAUCACAGCUGGUGGGCAGGAUGGCAUCUCUUUUGUGAACCCCAUUGGAGAGAUCUUCUUGCAUCCCCUGGCAGCCAUGGAGAGUCACGGUGAGGUGGAGGUUCAAAUCUAUCUUAACUGCAGCCACUGCCACUCAGACAACUGUAAGCGGGACCCUGACACCAACCUGCCAGUCUGCCAGUGUGAGAUGGGGGCUGUGUUAGCCGAUGACAACGUCACCUGCACUGUGCCCAAGGGUCCUCUGCCAGAGAGGCAGCUGCCUCUCCCACUCCUCCUAGCUGUAGUGGCUGUGAUUGUGGUGCUUGGAAUGAUCCUUACUUGUGGCAGCCUGUCUAUCAUUUAUCACCUUAAGAAGCAGCAGCUGGAAGGAGCCAGAGCACGACUGCAGAGCCCAGAAUAUAAACUGAGCAAAAUCCGCACAUCAGCCAUCAUGACAGAUUACAACCCCAACUACUGCUUUGCGGGGAAGGCCGCCACUCUGAGUGAGCUGAAGGAGAUCCCACGGAAGAACAUCACUCUGCUUCGGGCACUAGGACACGGCGCUUUUGGUGAGGUUUAUGAGGGAAGUGUGGUAGGCAUUGCAGGGGAUCCCAACCCUCUUCAAGUGGCUAUCAAGACCCUGCCAGAAGUCUGCUCUGAGCAGGAUGAGAUGGAUUUCCUGAUGGAAGCAUUGAUUAUCAGCAAGUUCAAUCACCAAAAUAUCGUGCAGUGCAUCGGCGUUAGCCUGCAGACGCUACCUCGCUUCAUCCUGCUUGAGCUUAUGGCUGGAGGAGAUAUGAAGAGUUUUCUUCGGCAGAAUCGACCCAGGCUGAAUCAACCAUCCACGCUGACAAUGCAGGACCUGCUGAACAUAGCGAGGGAUAUUGCCUGCGGCUGUAAAUACCUGGAAGAGAAUCAUUUCAUCCACAGAGAUAUAGCUGCAAGGAAUUGCCUUUUGACGUGCACUGGAGCGGGACGUAUAGCCAAGAUCGGUGACUUUGGGAUGGCCAGGGAUAUUUACAGAGCAAGUUACUACCGCAAGGGAGGACGAGCCAUGCUUCCUGUCAAGUGGAUGCCACCAGAAGCUUUUCUAGAGGGCAUUUUCACCUCCAAGACUGAUACCUGGUCAUUUGGUGUGCUGCUUUGGGAGAUUUUCUCUCUAGGCUACAUGCCCUACCCUUGCAAAACCAAUCAAGAAGUGCUGGAAUUUGUCACCAGUGGAGGAAGAAUGGAUCCACCAAAAAACUGUCCAGGACCAGUGUACCGGAUCAUGACACAGUGCUGGCAACACAGCCCAGAGUAUCGGCCAAACUUCUCCACCAUCUUGGAAAGGAUCAAGUAUUGCACACAGGACCCUGAUGUGAUCAACACCGAGCUGCCCAUGGAGUGCAGCCCCACGCCAGAGGAUGAAGGGAGUACAGUCAUGCGCCCAAACAUUUCCAGCGGGAUAGUGCCCCUGUUGGUAAGCCCUUGUCUCACACCUCAGACAACACCUAAAACACGGGACUCCCACCAUGCUGGGCACAAACUUGUACAACGUCCACAAGAGCUGCUGGUGGAGAACCUGAGCAACCGGACUGCUCGAGGCCCCAGCCUGCCAUGCCUCAGCGACUUCAACAGUGGGUCCUGGUUCCAGCAGACCUCCAAUCAGAAGCUGGAGCUCAGCAAUCCACCAACCCACAGACUUAAAAACAAAACAAAAAAUCUUUGGAACCCAACCUAUGGAUCGUGGGUGCUAGAGAACAUCUGUCACUUCAGCCCCAGCUCCAAGCUCAAAGCCACUCCAGAGCGGGAAGAUUCGGGCUUUGAUGGGAAUUGCAGUUCCUCUCCUAGCUCUCGGGCAUCUCCAGCAUCUCCAAGUCGAAGCAACUGCCCUCACCUGGAUAUCAGUGGGAUUGAACUGGUGAAACUCCAGACUUUCCCCUGUGGCAAUGUAAAUUAUGCUUAUGAUGACCUGUGCUAUAGCACUGACCACCAGCCAUCUGCUUUGGCAGAGGUCAGAGCAGCAGUGCUAAGGAGCUCCAGCCUGCACAGAGAGGAAAAGCCUUUUUAUAAAACAGAGAAAACAUCCAGAGAGAGGGACUCUGGUCUGUCACUGUCAGAUGACUUGAGUGUUACUCCAGUGUAA